UGUGCGAUCACGUAGGCUGCGAGAUGCUUACGUGAAGUUGUGUGCCAAUUAGAAUCAGCGCGAAAUCGACAGAGAUAGUGCGAUAUUUGGGUUUACCCGAGACGCCCCUGGCGAGGAUUCCAAAUCCUGACAGCUUUAUGGAGCCCAGUUCUGGCAGGCUCCCAGAACUCGAAGCCACCAGACCCCACAUGGAACCAAGGGCCUUGUGUUCGGCCGCUGCGCCCUCGGUAGAGAGGCAGUUCCGUGUUCUUGUGGGUGUCACUGGGAGUGUGGCGGCCCUGAAGUUACCUCUCCUGGUGUCACAGCUUUUGGACAUUCCUGGCCUGGAAGUAGCAGUGGUCACAACUGAAAGAGCCAAACAUUUCUACAGCCCCCAGGACAUUCCUGUCACCCUCUACAGCGAUGCGGAUGAAUGGGAGAUGUGGAAGUGCCGGUCCGACCCAGUUCUCCACAUUGACCUUCGGAGGUGGGCAGACCUUAUGCUGGUGGCUCCUCUCGAUGCCAACACUCUGGGGAAGGUGGCCAGUGGCAUCUGUGACAACUUGCUUACCUGUGUCAUCCGGGCCUGGGACCGCGGAAAGCCCCUGCUCUUCUGCCCAGCGAUGAACACUGCCAUGUGGGAGCAUCCCCUUACCUCGCAGCAGGUGGGCCAGCUCCAGGCCUUUGGCUAUAUCGAGAUCCCCUGUGUGGCCAAGAAGCUGGUGUGUGGAGACCAAGGUUUGGGGGCCAUGGCUGAGGUGGACACCAUUGUGGACAAAGUGAAGGAAGUUCUCUCCCAGCAUGCUGGCUUUCAACAGGGUUGAACCCAGGAUCUCUCAUGUGUGUCCCUCUGUACCCAGUGUGUUUUCAGGCCUGUCAGUGAAGGUGGACAUUGGCAAAGUAUGGCAGGAAUUCACCUUUGCUGAGUAGGGGUCUAGCCUGGGUCUGCUCCACAGUCUCCAAGGGCCCGACCUGCCCCAAGGUAAAUUGGCCCAGGUCUCUACUUCUUUCAGCCAGAAGACUCCUUGCUAUCUGGAGUUCCUCCCCUCCUUUUCCUGGGAUGGUUCCAGCAAGCCAGAGGGGCAAGCUGCUGCAUUGUCCCUGAGCCUCUAGGAGGGGACUGAUUGACUGGCCAACCUGAUUCCACAUUGUUCCCAGGAACCACUUUUAGAAAUGGUCUCAGCUGGAGAUUCCCAGUGUGGCGGGCCCCUGGCCAGGCCUUUGGAACUUCAGCUGCCCUGCAGGGUCAGGAAAGCCUACACGUUGGAAAGACCCUGAUCAUGCUGUAAGAUUGGGGGUACUGGGAAAUAAAGAAAAGAGACCUUU